AUGAUUCUACAUUGUCUCAAUGAAGGACGUGGCACUACUGUUGAGGGAUCUGUUUCUUUCCCUGAAGAAGCCAUUGCAAUCCUCCUAUUAAUGGAAAAAAGGCCUCGGUUGGUGAAGAUAAUGACAAUGAUGUGGAUCUAUUCAGUAAGGAAACUGAAGAGGAAAAGCAACCUGUUGAAGAACGCACAGAAAAAACAAAAGCAUCUGCAAAGAAGAAAGAGUUUGGUUCUAGUUGGGUAUGAGAUCAAGAAGCUUCAGAUCAUGAUGACUAUUGUUGAUGAUUUGGUGUCUGUUGAUACGCUUAUUGAAGAAAGACUUUGUGAGGAACCAAUUAAUGAGAUUGUUCAGAGCUGUGAUAUUGUUGCCUUGAACAAGCUCUGUUUUGUGAUUGUAGAGUUCGAUGAUGAUGCUCAUGGUUUAUGA